AUGCCGACACAAUAUGGCAACUUUGGUGACUUCUGUCGCGAUUCGACAUUACCAGUCUGCAAUAUCGUGACAAGAGAAUCGAACCAACCGCCUGGCCCCCCAUUCGGCGGAUGCGCCCUGCUCGGCAUCUCUCUCUCGAACGGUCGAUACCUCUCGAAUCUCGGAUCGAUCCUUGUCUGCGGCAUCGCUAUCCUAGCCGCCGUCUUCCUGCUAUGGCGAGCAGAAAGAAAAGCGGCCGCUGUCGGUCGAAGAGAAAUACAAUUGUUCCUCAUUGGCUACCUCGUCAUAUCGAUUUGUGAGAUCUUCAGCCAAGGACACUUCCCUCUCGACAGCAAUGUAAGGAAGGGCUUUUCAGCUGCUCAUAUCGCUGCGAUAACGGCAACGACAUGGAUACUCCUCAUGAAUGCGCUUGUUGGCUUUCAGUUACUAGACGACGGCACCCCGGUAUCCUUGGCCUUGAUUCUCGGAUCUGCGCUCGCCAUCUUCAUCGGCACCGGCUACAUUGCACUCGACACGGCUUUCGAAUGGACAGGCUACUGGUCAAGCACGCUCGACGGUCCCGAUCACAGGGGAUACGCGCUUUACACCCUCUACCAGCUUGCUCCGCUGGUGUUCCUCUUCCUGUUCUUCGUUCUCGAAACCAUUCUGGUGCUACGGAUCCUCGGCGAGGUCAGGCCCAUGAUCUAUCUGGUAGCAGCUGUGAUUUUGUUCGCCAUCGGCCAGAUCUUCCAGUAUGUCAUCUCGGUACACAUCUGCAACCCAACCAAUGGCAAAAUUAACGGCGCCUUCUUCGAGACUCUGUUCACAUUGCUGUCUGUUAUUGCGAUAUGGGUGUUCUGGUCGAGUAUCACCGAGGACGACUGGCCGAUCACGGGUUGA